GUACAGCAAACAUCAACACUGAUUUUUUUGUCAAAUCUAAAAGCUACUAGUGUCUACAGGAACGUUUUCAUGUUGACUGAACGCGAGUACAUACUAAUCAAGCACACAGAUCCAAGUACUAGAUUUUCCCUU